CAGGCUUCUCCCUCAGAUCUGCGCUGCCUCCGCUGCUAUUCCGUUAUAGUCGGGCAAAAUGGCGGCUGUCAUUCAGAAUCCUCUAAACGCGUUGGGUGACCAGUUUUACAGAGAAGCCAUCGAGCACUGCCGCAGCUAUAAUGCUCGCCUGUGUGCCGAGCGCAGCGUCCGCCUUCCCUUCCUCGACUCUCAAACCGGCGUCGCACAAAACAACUGCUACAUCUGGAUGGAGCGGCAUCAUCGUGGACCAGGUUUGGCAGCUGGUCAGAUGUAUUCAUAUCCUGCCCGCUGCUGGAGAAAGAAGAGGAGGUUACACACUUCCAUGGAUUCAAGUCUUCACCUCUACGGUCUAAAUAUAGAUAAUGGCCUGACGGCUAAAGAUACUUUGCCUACCCCGAGCACUACGCUCGAGGCUUUGCUUAGAGGAGAUGGCUUGGACAAGAGGAACAGCACCAGAGAAGAGGACCUGCUGGAGAUUCAGAGAGUUUUGGAGGCUGACGCCAACGAAGAUGGUUACCAUGACGAUGAAGACUUUGAAGUGGACAUACCAAAAAGGAAACACCGGGGAAAAGGCAGAGGUCGUGGCUCAGGACGCCGGAGGACGGACCAUGAUGACCAAGAUAAGCCAUAUAUCUGUGAAAACAGAUACAAACAAAAGCAUAACUCAAAAACUGCAGCUUCAGUCUGUGGGAAACGCUACAGGAAUCGUACUGGCUUAAGCUACCACUAUGGCCAUAGCCACAUUGCUGAUAAGGAAGGACCUCAAGCCAGAGACCAAGAGCCAUCACAGUCUCCCGCCAUCAACCACCGUCCUCACAGUCGCAAACAUCAGAAAAGUCCAGAGGAAGUCUAUACACUGAACCGUUUCUGCAAAGUCUGUCAAGUCCAUUCAGACUCCAAACUGAAAGACGGCAAGUGCUCCAAGUGUAGCCGCUUAGGUAUGUUGUGCAGAGAGAGGAGCUGUUUAGUGAAGGAGGAAGGAGAGAUGAGCCACUUUUGGAAGCGAAGCAGAUUUCCAGAGACUUUGUUCACCUCUUCAGUCUUCAGAAUGUCUGAGCCAGUGAAGCUGAGGAAGCCAGAAAAACACCAGACUCGCACUCAUGGACAAGUAUCGAUUCCCCUGCAAACACUUUCCCUUUCUUUAAAAAAAAAAAAAAAAAAAAAAAAAGCAAGCCUCUGAGACUGCUGCUGCUCCCCUCGUGUUGAUCUGCAGCCUGAAUCUGAGACUGUGAUCACAGCCAUAUGAAACUCUUCCUCCCCUCUCUGUACUGCAGGAUGCUCAGACGGUUCAGGAGAGAUUUCUGUUCUAGCUUUAGUGUCACUUGGUAAGGUUACAUCCUCAAAGACUAUAGUUUUAAUAUAAAAAGUGCUCGGUUUUUAUUCAGGUCCUUUAAAGCCAUUGUAUGAUUUUAUUGUAACAUAAACAUACAGUGCGGUCUGGAGACCGGAUGUCAUGUUCACACACGUAACGAAAAGCGAGUUGUUCCUGUUCUAAACGAAAGCACAAAGCAAUCCUGCUAGCUUUACUACAUGGCUCUAAAUUUGACUCUGAUUGGCUUGGGUUGAGCAGCUAGGUUCUGUUUUCACAACUUUUGUGCCUGCUGUAUACAUCAAUACCACACUUUUUUUUUUUUUUCUGCAAUUGUGUGAACGUGCCAUAAAAGCAGAGAGACCCAUGCUUGUGUCGCUUUCUUUUCACAACUCUGGUGCACACAAUUUCUAUUCUGGACAUAGCAACAUAGUGAAACGCAUUGUGCUGUGCUAAACCCAGUCUCUCAGGGGAAGACGAUCCUGACAGCCAUAUUUAAAAACACACCACUAUCCAAUUCUCCAAAUGUGGACCUUUUUUUAAACUGCUGUUUUUCGAUACCUACAAUAGAAAUGUAUUGUUUCACUUUUCUUGAUGAAAAUAUUCUCUGCAGGUUCUCCAUUAUCCUAUCUCCAUUAAAUGUAGGACUGCUCCUUCCAUGCAGGUGCUGUAUACUGUGUAGUCAUGCUUCAUUACACGUUUGGAAAAGGAUGAAGCUAAACAAGCUAGAGUUAAGCUAUUCACACUGGUGCGGUGGAACACAGGAGCAAGCUGGAGACUUUCACCCAGUAAAACCUUUCACUUCAUAGAACAACCACUGAUCAAAAGCAGGUACAAAUAGCUAGUUUGUAGAUCUGCAAGCUGUGAUACUGUGCUUUUUAAAUAUGGGCUAACAUCAUAAAUGGAACUACUUGUUUUGAUGAUUUUCCCUGGCAUUCACGCCAUCAUAUGGGCUCCAUCGCAUUAUAAGGAACAAAGUAGGAAAUAAAACACAAUAUCAUGUGCUAGGAUUUUUUUUUUUUUUUUUGAACAGCACAUACCAUAGUGUGUUAUUCCUCUUAAACCACAACGAUUUGCCAAGGAUUACAAUUUCAUUUAUGUUCAUUUGUGCUGCUUAUCCAGAUGUUGUUGUGCAUGUUACGGACCAUCCGUGAAACAAAUCGGCUCCUGUUAUCUGUCUCCCUUUCUUUUAAACCUAAUAAGACAAACAGGAAAGAGCAAACCUGACUGGCAUAAAGACUUUCCUGUUCCUAAUGAAGAUAUCACUGUAUCAUUGAAACUCAUGUUUUUUUUUUGGGGUUUUUUUUUUAAAAAUCCAUUUAUGUGAAGUGUCCACUAUUCAUGUUUCUGUGUAUAGCUGGAAACUACCAACAUAACUACUGUUUUAAAAAAAAAAAUGUGAUAUGAUUUUUUCCGCUGGAAUUUCAUGACCAUGCAUUAAUCACAAUUGAUAAGAUUGAGGGAGGGAAAAAAAAAAAUCCAUGUUAUGUCUUUCUUUUUCCCUUGUUUUCUUUUUUUAGGGGGGGUCUUCAAACCACUCACCCCUGUUAAAUGUUAAUAUAAAAAUUAUUGGUUAGUGCACUCAAGGAACUCUGCGAAAACCUGUGUGGAUUUCAAAAGUUUGGAAAGCGCGUAUGAUAUCAUACGAGGGAUUAUUUAUCGUAUCACAGUUCUCGUCAUUGCACACAGACGGCUCGUGUUUUAACCCGCAAUUGCUGGGCUCGUCUUUGCAACUCUACGGGUCAACCAGCGACGCCAGCGUGAACCAGAGGAAACGAACCUUUCAUAUUCUCUACAUUUUCCCCUCCACUGAAGUCUAAAGGUGCUGAGCUCAAAGCGUCCUCACGUCCAGCAUGGUGAAGAAGUUGGCACUCCAGGGUACAAAAAGCUGCAUCGUUAUGGCACCUUGUUUUACACUCGAUGCGAAGAACACUCCUCCUCUGUGUAGGCCUGAAGACUGUGAGUUGUUUAUUCCUCACAUAUCUGAACCCUGCUCCCACACCGAGGUUCUGUAUGAUUUAAACAGAGUCCAGUUCUAUAUGCAGUCGGUGAAUUUAGGCAUAAUGCUGUGAUGUACAUUUCAAAGUUUUUGUUGUUUUUUUUUCUUUCUUUUUUUGAGAACAUAUUAUUUAUAUUUUAUGCAAGAAUAUUGUUUGCUUCGUCUGCUGCACAUCUAGUUUAGACUUUUCUAGGCCUGCAAUGUUAAUUGUGAAUUUCCACAUUCAGAUAUAUGAAGUGAUACACAGCGAAUGACAGAAACGUGAACAUGGCGACUUACACCAUGCCGUGGACUGGUGCGCGCACGUGCACAUUUAACACAACACAACACACACACAAACACACAAAACCAAAUCCCCUCAGGGACCAUUAACCGCACACUCAACAAGAGCAUGAGACUCUGGAAUAAGAACCAUUUUGUCCGUCAGACAUUCUUCAGUCAUAUCUACAGAUUAAGGAUGGUGUGUGCUUGCUGAUCUUCCAGACAGUGGCUCUUGUGCACUUUUUGAACAACCAUCACUCCUGCUGAGGGGUGAACGAUUGAUUCUAAUGAGCAAAACAGUGAACUUAAGCAAGUGAUCUGAACUGUCUGAUGUUUUUUUGGCUAAUAAGUUUGUAGUCAUUUCUGUACCUCAGAAAAGUCAAUGAGCAAUAGGCCCAUGGGUUUUUUUCCCUGCAUUCCUGAGGUUGGAACAAGAGCCAAUUUAAGGUGAAGGAGUUCAACUGAUUCUUUUUGUCUGCAUCUGUACAUUAAUAUAAUCCAAAUGAAGUCUUUGUUAGUUGUUAUUUUUAUUGUGACAGAAGGAAUUAAAGGAUGAAUUAGAAUUG